AUGACUUUAAUUAAAAAUAAAAGAGAAAAAGUCCAAAUGGGCAUUUAUUAUUAUAAAUAUGGAGUAUACAAAUACAAAUUGUUUAAGAUAAAAACUAAACAAAAAUCCAAUAAAUUUUUGAAAAAUGUCAAUUCCAAAAUUAAAAAUAUUGGUAAAAAAUCUUCAAAUAAUGACGAAAAAUUAGAAGAAUUAAAAAUUAAAGAAGACAAAGAAUUAAACCCACCACCAUAUUCCUUAACUGAAAAAUUAGAAGAAGUGAAAAUUGAAGAUAGAAAUUUAGAUCCACCACCAAUUUAUACUAUGACUCCAGAAUUAUAUGCAAAUGUUGAAGAAUGGUAUAGAGUUUCUCCAAAAGAAGCUCUUAAUUAUUUAAAGAAAAAUCCAAAAUUGGAAAAGUUAGAUGGGUUUAAGGAAGUUGAAGUUUCAAAACCAAGAGAAUUAAUUACAAAACCUCAACCAAAGAAAACUAUGGACCAGGAACUUCUAGAAAUGAUUAAAGAAAGUGAAGAAAAAUGCAUUCGCCAAGAAACAUCAAAAUCUUUUCUUCAAAGAAGAAGAGCAUUAACAAAAAAAUUAACUAUUGUUGAAAAAAUCAAGGAUUCCAAUUGGUACAGAAAACAAUUUCCACCAGAUUUUUUAGUGGAACUUGAAAUUGAAACCCAUAAUAAAAUUGCAUCAGAUUAUUUGGAAGGUCAAGAUGAUCCAAACUUAAGUCCUGAAGAUAUCAUCAAAAUUAAAAGAUGGGGCAAGAGUACUAAUCCAAGACUUAAAUGGAAAGAUGCUAAAAAGAAAAAUGACCAUAAUUGUGUCGUCAGAACACUUGGCUCAUUAUCACUUAAAAUUUCAGAAAAAUUUUAUUUAACCAAAAAAAGGGUUAAAAAUAUUUUGACCGUUAAUAAAAAGGUUUCGGAAAAAGAAGAUGAAAAAGAAGAUGAAAAAUCAAUUUCAUCAACUGAAUUGAAUUCACCAGAUUUAAAAUGCUCAUAUGAAGAUGUAAAACAUUUAGAUCCAAUUCAAGAGCAAGAAAAAUCAAAAAUAUUCAAAAAAUUCAAGAAAUCUUUUAAAUUUUCAAACACUAAAGUUUUAUCCAACAAACUUGAAACAAUUUUUGAAGUUGAUUCAGAAGAAGAAGAAGAAGAAGAACCAUUAACUAAUGAAAAUCAAGAAGAAGAAGAAGAAGAAGAAGAAGAACCAUUAACUAAUGAAAAUCAAGAAGAAGAAGAAGAAGAAGAAGAAGAACCAUUAACUAAUGAAAAUCAAGAAGAAGAACAAGAAGAAAAUCAAGAAUUAACUGAUGAAAUGAAAAGAAAAAGAUUUUUGAUUAAAUUAGUUACCAGACCUAGAUUACCAGUAAAGUUAGAUGAAUUUGGAAAUUACACCAAAGAAACAAAAGAAGCCUUAGAUAGACAAACUCAAAACGAUUGGCUUGAAUGGUUCAGAUUGUGUAAUGUCAAAAUCUCAAAUCCAGAAGAAAAUCCAGAAAAAGAAGAAUCAACUUUAGAACAAUAUGAAGAUUUUUCAAUUUCAGAAGAAGGAUAUUUUGGAGACGAUGAAGAAGAAUAUGAUACAUCAUUUUUAGAAGAAUAUGAUACAUCAAUUUUAGAAGAAUAUGAUCAAUCAACUUUAAAAGAAGAAGGUUACCUUGCAUCAGGUGAAGAUGAAUAUCCAUACGAUGAAGAAGAUUCAUUAACUUUAGAAGAGUAUGAUGUCAUGAAAAAAGUAGAACCCGAAAGUUUCUUAUUGUUUUAA